AUGGCGUGGCCGAUGUAUGCGAAGCAGAAGAUGAACGCAGCAGCGCUAACGGAGGAGCUGGGGGUGGCGGUGAGGGUGAAGAACGGUGGGAAUAAAGCAGAGGUGGUGGAGAGGAAUGAAAUACAGAGGCUGAUAAGGAGAGUAAUGGUGGAAGAAGGAAUGGGCCACCUCAUUCCAAUGCUUGAGCUUGGUAAACGUCUGAUUUCUCAUCAUGGCUUUGAAGUUACCAUCUUUGUUGUGACUGUGGAUUCCCCAACCACACAUUCACAGAUAGUCCAACAAGCUUCAAACCCUAAAAGCACUGGGCUAAACGUUGUCGUACUCCCACCUGUAGAUGUCUCUAGCAGACUCGGUGCACUAAACUCACAAUUAGGAACUCGAAUCAGGUUCACAAUGGACGAGUCACUCCCACUGCUUCGUUCUGCUAUUCUCUCAAUGAAAGUUCUUCCAAUAGCCCUCAUUGUUGACAUGUUUGGCACUAAUGCUUUUACUAUGGCACGCGACCUCAAGAUGCUUAGGUUUGUGUUUUUCACUUCCAGUGCAUGGGUUCUUGCUCUUCAUGUAAACAUUCCUAUCAUCCACAAGGAGCAGCUAGACCGGCAUGUUAAACACCAUGAACCGCUACAGAUUCCGGGUUGUAAGCCGGUUAAGUUCGAGGACACCAUGGAACCAUUGUUGCUUAAAGAUGAACCAAUGGUGUUCGAAGGCUUCAUGAAAAUGUGUACGAACACAGCUGACGCUGAUGGGAUUCUGGUGAACACAUGGCAAGAACUUGAGCCAACGACACUUAAAGCUUUAUUAAGUGGUGAAGCUAUAAGAGGAAAGAUUUAUCCGGUCGGACCGUUAGUGAGAGGCAUCAAUUCAAACCGAACCGAGAAGGAUCAUGAUCUGGUUUUAAGUUGGCUAGAUCGGCAACCGGCUGAGUCAGUUAUUUUCGUGUCGUUCGGGAGUGGCGGGACCAUGUCGGAGGCACAAAUGGAAGAAAUAGCUUAUGGUUUGGAGUUAGGCCAACAGAGAUUCAUUUGGGUGGUUCGACCACCACAUAAAGAAAAAAAUCAUGGUUCAUACUUCAGGCUUGAGUAUGGAGAAAAUAACAGAGAUAGCGUGCUGGAGAAAUUCUUGAGUAGGACCCACGAGUUAGGACUUGUGGUCCCCAUGUGGGCCCCACAGUCAGAGAUUCUAGAACAUUCUUCAGUCGGGGCAUUCUUGACUCACUGUGGCUGGAACUCGACGUUUGAAGCGAUAACCAAUGGUGUGCCGAUGAUAGCGUGGCCGUUGUACGCGGAGCAGAAGAUGAACGCGGCGGCGCUGACAGAGGAGAUGGGGGUGGCGGUGAGGGUGAAGACGGGUGGGAAUAAAGCAGAGGUGGUGAAGAGAGAGGAAAUACAGAGGCUGAUAAGAAGAGUGAUGGUGGAAGAAGAAGGUGUGUGCAUGAGGGAAAGGGUUAAAAAGCUUCAACGUAGUGCAAAAAUGGCUUUGUCUGAGGCUGGAUCAUCUUUUGACUCUAUUUAUCAACUGGCCAACUAUUGUAAGUUUCACAUCGCCGUCACUGGUCCUCUUCACGCUGGUUAUCUUGACGCCAAGAAGGAGAAGAGGAAGAUGAUGGAUGUUCCAUUGAGCUCCCCUGCUCGUCUCGUGUUCUCCCUCUGGUUCGCUCUGUCAUCUUACUCUCCGCCGUCAAGCUCGUGCCUCUCCCUUCGGUCUGCUGCUUCUCACCGAAUAUGA